AUGAAACUUUUCAUUGUUCUAUUUGCCCUAGCUGCCUUCGCAAUGGCCGAGGCUGGUGGGACUCUGGAAGCGAGAGCUGGGUGUUCCCAGAAGGGACAAUUCUGCAACGAUGGCACAUUCCUGUGCUGUCGGGGACAAGGAAAAUGUAGUGGAAAUGUGAUUUGGCCAAACAUGAUAGCAGAUGGCUAA